AUGGGAAAAAAUACUUCGUUCCUCGUGGUGAGACAUUUUAUCAAGAAUCAUAAGCACUCAGCUCAAGAUGUAUUGGAGAGUACUCACUCUUUCAGAUCUAAUUUGGUGUCUUCAAUUAUUAUCGACAAGUUGAGAUUAACUCCUGACAAGUUGCCUAAUGACAUACGAAAUGAUAUUUUCAAGGAAUACGGAUUUUCACUAACAUAUCACCAAGCUUGGGCUGCAAAGGAGAAAGCAUUAGCUGAAAUUAAUGGCGUACCUAAAGAUUCAUAUAUGCUAAUUCCCUGGAUAUGUAAUCGUUUAGUGAAAACUGAUCCACAAACAAUUGCAAAAUGGACAUGCUCUCCUAGUUAUCAAUUUGAAAAGCUUUUUGUUGCAUAUGGGUGUUGUGUGACAGGUUUUCUUCGUGGAGCAAGGCCUAUAUUAUUUAUUGAUGGUUGCCACUUAAGUGGUCCAUACAAGGGAACUCUUCUAGCUGCCUCUACAUGCGAUGCAAAUAAUGAUUUAUUUCCGAUUGCGUAUGCAAUUGUUAGUGCUGAAAAUAAUGAGAAUUGGCUUUGGUUCCUAUCUAAUUUGAAAGAACUAACUGGGUCAAUUCCAGUUACGUUAAUAUCUGAUAGGCAUCCAUCAAUUAUUGCAGCUGUGGAGCAAGUAUAUGACAGGGAUAGACAUGCUUAUUGUUAUCGACAUGUGAAAGAAAAUUUUUGUGCAGAAACUAAAAAGUUACAGAGGGGAAUACGUGGUGAAGUAAAAGAAGAUGCAAAAAAACUACUAGACGCAGUUUGUUAUACCCGUUUUGGCACAGAAUUUACAGAAGCUGUGGAACAACUUCGUGCAUUUUCACCAGAACUUGCAAAUUGGUUAGAGACUAAAGGAGAUAUUAACAAAUGGGCAAAGUCUCAAUUCCCUCAUCGACGAUGGGACCUCAUAACUACCAAUGUAGCUGAAUCAUUUAAUUCAUGGAUAAGAAAAGAGAGGACUCAUAGUAUUUGUGCUUUAAUAACAGAGCAUAGAGACAAACUUGCAAAUUUGUUAUAUACUGCAAAGUUAGAGAUGACUAAAUGGAAGAAUGAAGUUGGGCCAAAGAUUGAUAAAAUAUUGAUGGAGCAUGUAGCUAGAAGUGAGUUUCUUAAAGCAGUGAGAUAUGGAGAUCAUAAUGUUAUGGUUAGAGGGUCAAAUGUUGAUGUAUGUGUGAAUCUACUACGCAAAGAAUGUACAUGUCUUGAAUGGCAAAUGACUGGAAUUCCAUGUCCACAUGCUUGUGCUGCAAUUAAAUUAUUACAUGGCAACAUCUACACCUAUGUAGAGGAGUGCUAUCUGAAAAGUUCACAAGAAAAGAUUUAUGCGAGCAGUAUGAUCCCAAUUGAAACUCAUGACAUGCCUGAUGUUAACAACCUGACCCUAACAGACUGGGAGAAUAAUAUUUUUCUUAUGCCACCUACAACAACUCGUCCUCCGGGAAGACCAUGCAAGAAGCGCCGGGAGUCACAAUUUCAAGAUGUGCAUGUUUACAAAUGUAGCCGAUGUGAUCAGAGUGGUCAUAAUCGUUCUAAAUGGAAGAUUUUCGGCGAUGUAUCGUUGCACUAUAACAGGCACCAUCAAAUCUUCCACUCUAUGCCAAAGAAGAUGGACAUAAGCUUCAUUAUUUGGAAACGGACAACAAGUGUUAUUAGAGUUCUUACUGGGGCCAAAGAUAACGCUCUUAACAUCAAUAAUGCACUACUAUAUUCAUUAAAAAAACUGUGGGGCUUGCUGCUGCGAGCGACUGGAGGAGUCAAAGGAGCGAUAGUCGACGUGGAACGAAUGAGUUUCACCGCCGGCGACGAGCUUCAGAAGACGAUUCUGCCCGAAGAUGACGAUUUUGCCUCUGACAACUUUGCUAGAUGGUGA